AUGCCUACAGCUGACGAAUUAAAGGCCCAAGGGAACAAAGCUUUUGCAAAUAAAGAGUUUAAAAAGGCAGCAAAAAUUUAUAGGGAUGCCAUUAAAGUGGAUUCAACGAACCCUGUUUUAUAUUCAAAUAGGGCUCUAUGCUUCAUAAAAGAACAAGAUUGGGAUCGAGCUUUAAGAGAUUGUAAAGAUGGAUUAUCUCUUAGUCCUAACCUAAGUACUAAAGUCAAACUAAUGUAUCGACAAGGAAUUGUCCAUAAGAAUCUCAAUGAUAUACCGCAUGCCAUAGAAUGCUUUAAUCAAGCAGUGAAAAUUGAUCCACAGAAUAUAGCAGCUAUCGAUGAAUUGAAGGCCAUUCAAAAUUCUCCUAAUAAGAAGCCUAAAUUGCGAUCUAAUUCAUCCAUUGCAAUACCAAUCAGAGAUGUAAAUAGCUUACCGGAAGAAUUCCUGUCAUUGCUAAAUGCAAAACCUAAAAGUCCUGGUGAAUUGGUUCCCCCAAAACCUACGAAACGGUUGGAUGACGAAAUAAAUGAACUAUUUGGCAAUAAACCAUCCACAAAUACUUCUGAGAAGCCAAAUCCUAAUUUGGUUAAUUAUACUUCUUUCUCAGAUAGGCCAAGUAUGCAAAUCUUGUCAAUGUUGAGUACAUUACCUGAAAAUCAAAAAAUUGGCGCAUAUAAAUACAUUGCAACCUUGACCCCCGAAUAUUAUAAUGAUGUGUUUGGAUCUACUGGAAUUGAUUCGGAGUUCUUGGUAUUUUUCAUAGAGGCCGCAGCCUAUAUUUCCAGUCAUAAGGCUAUAAACGAUUGGGAAAUGACGGUGUAUGAUUUAAUAUCAACAUUUUCAAAGUUACGUAAAUAUCAAUUAUCUUUACUGUUUUGUUCCAAGGAUUAUAUCAACGAAAUAAUCAAUAAUGUGAGCGGAUUGGGUGACAAAAUGCUAUUGGAAAACUACAAAUCACUCUUAAUGCCAUAA